UGGUAAGUGUUCACGUGACGUAAACACGAGGAAGGUUCAAUGUCCUGUUCCUGCUUGAAUUUCAGGUUUUCUUUCCUUUUAUUCCAAGAAUAUUCAGACUUAGCUCUUGAAUAAUAUUCUGAAUGUCGAGUUUUAGCGUUUAAAGAGAGAAAAAUGGACCAUUCAGGGACUUAUUUGUCUUCAGACGCGAGAAUUGUUACACCAACAGUAUGGCAGCAGUUUGUAGACUUUGCCAAUGUCUUGAAGGCUUUUAUUGGGACAAGCUAUCUUUCAUUACCAUUUGCAUUCAAGCAAAGUGGGCUGGCACUUGGCAUCGUAACCCUAGUAAUUAUAGCAGCAAUCACAGACCACUGCUGUCAAAUGAUAAUAAAAUGCAAAAUAAUGGCAGUUGACCUCAUCCUUGAAUCCUCUCAACACUACAAAGAAUUGGAGAAUGAAGAAUGCUAUGAGGAAAUGCGAAAACUUCGAGAGGAAGUAGAGCAAGAAAUGACACUUGGAGACAUUGGACUUAUUGCCAUUGGAAAGUGGGGAAUUCGUAUCGUCAACAUUGCUCUUAUAUUGACACAAACAGGAUUCUGUGUUGCAUAUUUUAUUUUUAUUGGAAACACUUUGAAAGAUAUGUUCCCUAUCAAGAUGCAUAAAUUAUCUGAUAAGCAAAAUGUCACCAUAAGUUAUACAAUGAACAGUGAACAACUUAGAAACUCUACACCGCUGGUGUCUCUUCUCAUUGGUCAGGGAACUGCCCCUGCCUUUGUUCUACUUCUUCUCAUUCCUUUUCCAUUUCUUGUUUUGAUGUCAUUUGUGCGGUACGUCAGAAAACUUGGGCCAAUCAGUGGGGUGGCAAAUGUGGCCAUUUUAGCUGGAUUCAUAGCUUUAUUAAGUCAUGUCUUGAAAGGACUUCACUUUAAACUAGAUGAAGUGACUCAAGCUAACUGGAUAACAUUCCCUAUUUUCUUUGGACAAUUAACAUGUGCCUUUGAAGGCAUUGGAUGUAUUAUUCCAAUCGAGUCUAGCAUGGGAAGCAACAGACCAAGAUUUCCUCUUUAUCUUCACCUUGUCCUGUGCCAAGUCUCUGUUGUUCUAGGGUCAUUUGGAGUCUUAGGAUACCUGGUUUAUGGCUCUGAAGUACCACAGAUUGUCACAAAUACACUUACUGGUGAUAUAUUCUCACAAAUCAUCCGAGUGACUCUGAUUGUCGCUGUGUUAUUUACCUAUCCAUUGCAACUUGUCCCUGUYRUAAGGAUCACAGAGGACUUAGUGUUUGGAAAACGAGGGAAGAAAAAAAAGUCACACCUUUCUGAACUAGUUGCUGGUCAUAGCAUGGAAAAGAAUCCGGGGUCGAUUAAUUAUCCAAACAUCGAUGGCAGCCAUGAAAGUCAAAAUCAUGAAACAGAUCCCAUUCUUGCAAGCACAGAAGAAAGAGCUGAACAGCCCUUUGUGUAUAAGAAACUCACUUGGAAGCGAAAUGUCAUCCGAACCAUCCUAGUAACGGCCACGGCUGCGCUUGCGUUGUUUCUWAAGGAUGAAUUUGCUUAUGUCAACGCGUUCAUUGGCUCGAUGGGGAGCUCUGUUUUGGCGUACAUUCUUCCGUGUGCUUUUCACUUAGUUUUAUUUAGGAAUACUAACACAGGUUUUGUAGUAAUUAAAAACAUCGCUUUGAUUUUAUUUGGUAUAAUAGGAGGGAUUGUUGGUGUGGUUAUGACAGUCAGGACUAUAAUAAGCGACUUAUCUCAUAAAAAAUAGAGUAUUAUUAUUUUAAGAUGCUAGAAUUUAGGUCGUUUACAGCUCUGACUUUGGUAAGGAAAACAAAACAAAGGAAAACGAAGCAUUAGGACGUUAUUGUCUUCGGGAAACGACGCACCUUGUACAAGAAAUCUUUACAUUAGAUGCUGGAUAUUCCGAGAUUUGUUUUCUUCUGGUUGACGACGACGCGCGUGCCAUGCGAAUUUCCCGCCUUUUUUGGUUGUUGAAAUUACUUGCCUCGCACAUGAAACUGAAGACCGAAAGUUCGUAUAAAGUGGUUUUUACUAAACAUUCUAGCGUUCGUUUUAUUUUUAUUUCGAUUGGGAAAUUAUUGCAAGUCAUUCACAUUGAAUUAACGACUGCGUGAACUGGUUGUCGAAUAGAAAGCGGCCGAUUAGCUUGGCUUAAGCAAUUCAGUUCUGUGGAGUCAUGUGCAAAAUGAAAAUAUGGCAAUUUUAGAAUACUGUAAAAUAUUGUUUUUAUAAAUUAAAACUCACAAAUUUUCGUGUGCAUAUAAGCCUUAAAUUUUUAAAAUUAAUAUUUUAGCUCUAUUUAAGGACAUUUUCGUAAAUUUUGCAUUGAUUUUUUGUGGCAAUCACGGGCAAAAUGUUAUAAAGGCAAUGAUUGAUGUUUAAAAUUAUAUAAUAAACCCAAACACGUCAGGAAGAGAGCAAGACAAAAGAAACAUGUCUUUGUUUAUUCCAUCUUACUAAUUGGUUUGUGAAGCUUAAAAAAACAAAUUAAGCUAUAUAUUCAGGUUGCUAAGGGCCGACCCUGCAAGGCAAAAUUUUACAAAAUCUACACUAAUAGGACUAUAAAGCUUUUAUAAAUUUACAAAAAAAUGCGCGCAUGAAGUCCUAAAAAAUAUUCUUGCACGGACAAAAUCUCCCCCCUCCCCCAGUCUAAUGGAUCGCCCAUUAUGAAAUUUGGAGGUGCCGCCAGAUAGAAAAAAUACUUGAAAAACACUUGAUAUCAAAAAAGUACUGUUCAUUACGUCUUGACGGCGCCCAUGUUAGCAGGGGUCAAAUAAUAAAACCUGUUUACUUAGUGUGUUUUUGUUAGAGCGAAACUCGUAUGACUGUGAAAAAAACGCGACACUUUGAGCCGUAACCGUGCCGUAACGGUGACGUAACUGUGACAUCAUCCGUGCCUUUGCACAUCCAUACGAAAUCCGCUCUGUGCUAAUAUAUUUUUGUUAAUAUUUGUUCCCUGCUGUCAAUAUGCGGGCGCCGCAUCGUCGAAAUACUCAGUCAAUAGCCCACAUUCGGCUGACUACCCACCCGCAAAAGAAUUUAAGACGAGGCUCAGUGAAACAAUAGAUAAUCCAUUUGUUUCCCCUUUGAGUCUCGUCUUCAGUUCUGCGACCAUUAAUUAACUGCAAGGAUAUUGAGAAUGGGUUAUUUUACUCUUAUUUUUUUAACAUCACCAAUAUUAACACAUCAAUAUUUAUAAGCACUAUUAYUGCGAUAACCCGACAUAAUAAAAAUGAUUAAGAAAUUUCUCAAACUUUUUUUAACUAACAGGGCCAGAUCUCAACCAAAUUUAAAGACCUCUAUAAAAGAAACGCCUAAUUAUUAUAACUAAAAAACUAAUUAUUUUAUCGUAUAAUUAUCUAUGAAAUACCUAUAUUUCUUUCUUUCGGAAUCACAUUCGAGGUUUUUCUAUAUACUGGAAGUACAAAAGAUAUUUUACGACAAAAUUUGCUAUCAUAAAUAAUUACAUGAUAAAGCAGAAUAUUACAUUGUCGCUUGAAGAUACGAAUUUUAUCUUCUCGUGUUGAAAAUCGCUAUGUUACUCGUGAGAGAUCUUUUGAACACUCGAAGAUAACAUCCGUAUAUCCUCGCGACCCUGCAAUAUCCUCUAAUCUUUAUUUGUGCAAUAGAAUAACUCACUUUAAAUUAUACAUUACAGUAAAUAUUAGAAAUUUUUAAAUAAAUUUGUAUAUUUUUCCAGGUGUA